UUUCGGAGUGCGUGUUGCUGUUACUUUUCAGCUGUUAUAUCAUAAGCAGAAUGAAUGCCAUCUCAUUGCCACAGAGGGCUUCUGUUCGCCGUUUGGCUGACUGGUCAUAGUGGCCUCGUUAAACGAACAACUAAAUAAAUUCAUCUAUGGCCCUCGUCGUAGACAAAGUAAGUUGGUUACAAGUUACUACUUUUUAUGUUACUAGAUUCGACCAGGUCAAUCAACCUCAACUAGUUCAGACCAACAAAAGGUACAGAGAGUUGGUUCUCUUGUUGAGUUAUUUGACUUCUUUCUGCUAAAUGAUGGAAAAGACAUCGAUACUUUGACAGUUAACUCGUUUUUGUAUACCUACCGUUUGUUUUCUGAUGUAGAAGUGGUUUUGGAAGUUAUCGAUAAAAAGCAAGUAUGACUUUCCAUAACCUAUAUGAUAAUCUAUACAGAUUUUGGAAUAUAUGUCAUUCAAGUUGCUUAUCCACUUCUUACAGAGCUGGUGUUAUUUCUUCUUUUCAGUACAUGUUCCAUGCAUGGCUGCAACAACCUCAUUUAAAAGAUUUUGAUUCUCCACAAAAGGUCAUAUAUCUAAAGCGCCUUAUACGCAUUAUUGCUAACUGGUUCGACAUUUUUCAACCUUUUUAUCAAAAUAGUCAAGCCCAUAUGUUGAGAGAGUUUAUGAAAUGCUGUGGAGGUAAUUUACCGCCUUCUAAGAAUAAACGCGUGACACGGAUUAUGUUGUGUGAUAUCGAUUCAGAAAUUUGGGACCAACUUGCAACGGAUAUGGAGAUUUUGUGUAGACAAGCAGUAAACUGCUUAAAAAUUUUUGCGUGUAAAUAUAAUAUUGAUUUAAAUCCGGAAAGAGAAUUUUUACCACCGCAUACAAUCUCUGUAAACAAAGAUUAUCGUCAUUAUUCACCUCAUGACAAUUCGAAGUUAAAUUCAAAAACACAUUCAAAUCAGAGUGUAAUAAUACAACCACUUAUAAAUCCUUUAAUUAAUUUAUGGAAUUUAAAUGUGGAUACAGUAGCUGAACAACUAACUAUAGUUGAUCAGCGAUUAUUUCUAAGCAUUGAAUUAAAUGAUUGUUUAAUAUAUGCUAGAGGAAAACCUGCUUCUUCUGUACAAGCUACAAUUGAUCAGUAUAAUAAAUUAUAUCAGUUUGUUCAGAGUUCAGUUUUUAACUCAGAUCAAGAUUAUCCAAUAUUAGUUGAACCAACACCAAUAUAUUCAAAACGUUUUAAUCGACAAAGAAUUUGUGAUGCCCCUGUCACAAGAGCUAGUCCACAGGUUAUAACUAUAUGGUCUAAAGAUUCUGGUUAUUCACCUAAUUACCGUUCUUCAACAUCAGAUAUAGGAAAAUUAAAAACUGGAUGUAUUAUUACAUGGAUUAAUAUUGCUUAUCGAUUAGGACAAACCAGAAAUUAUUCAGCAUUGAAGGCUGUUAUUAUGGCGUUACAAUCUACUCCGAUACUUAGACUAUGGCAUAGUUGGAACGUUUUAGAAUAUCAUUAUCAUGAACACUUUUUGAAAUUUAAACACUUGGCUUCUAUAGUGAGUUUUGACAAUAAUCAAGAACAACUGCGAAAAAGAUUAAAUAAGUGUGCGAAAAAAAUGUACUGGUACUUGAAGCUGAAUAAUCCAAAUCCUAUAUGCGGGGGUGUAAACAAACCUGGUCAUAUUCCACAAUAUGAAAUAAUUUCAGAAGAAGGUGACAACAGAAAUACUGAAAAUUUAUCGAUAUUGAAUCAUUCCUCCUAUUUGAAGGGAGUAAUACCAUAUCUGGGUGUAUUUCUUAGUGACUUAACACUACUGCAUCAUUCAUCACCGGAUUAUGUGAGUCGAUCCAAAUACUUAUCAAAUAAAGGCAAAGCUGGGAACUAUAUCAAUAGUAAUAGUGAUAAUAUUUCGUCACUAGUCAGUUCACCAAACAAUGAUAUCUCUUCAAUUCAAACAGAGAGAAAUCAGGAUAAUCGACUAUUAAGUGUACCGCAGCAACUUUUUAAUUUCGCACAAAGUACACCUAAUCUAUUAUCACCUCAGCCAUACAAUAAUGUGAAUAAUAAUACCAAACAGUCGUUCAAUUUAUUGAAAAAUACAUCACCUAGUAUAAUUUUUUCUUCGCCUACAACAUCAGUCUCCAGUGAUCAUAACUGCAGUCUUCAGUCAAAUGUAAAUGUUAAGAAAGUAUUGCAUAAUCUGUCAAGACGUCAUUCUACUACUGAUAAUGGUGAUGACAAACUGAUCAACCUUGACAAACAUAGACGAGAAUUCAAGAUCUUGGCCAAUCUUUUCCUCCUACAACAGAAUGCUCAGUUAUAUGCACUUAAAUCUGAACCAGAUUUUGAUUUAUGGUUUCAGUCGUAUCCUUUGAUUACGGAAAGUGAAGCUCUUAAUCGUUCUUGUGAUAUGGAACCAGAUGAUGAAAAGCCACAACAACUUACCAGACCUUUUAGUGCAUCUCCAUAUUCAUUCGGUGUAAACAGUUCAACAAAUAUUGUGGAUAGUCGCAAACCACGUUACAUACUUAACAGUCGCGUAGAAAGAUCCAAGUAUGCAAUAACGCGACCGCCUAGUGCUGUAUCUACCACUAAUACUACUUCUCUAAUCAGUCCUAUGAUUGGUAUUGUGGGCAAUGCUAAUGGUGAUAAAACUAAUAAAUUACGAAACAGUAGUUCACAUUCGACAAGUGAUUUGCUCAAUAAAACUAAAGAUGACGAAGCGAUAUCUACUUCAGCAGAAUUUGCAAAGAUAUCAGACUAUAAAUGGACACCAAAUGAAAGUCCAUCGACCAAUAGGGAUUCUUUUAUUCAUUUACAUGGUAAUUCUAGUAAUAAUUUGGUUAUCACUGUUACUUUUCAUGAUUCGAAUACUCAACACGACGGUCGUGUAUCUCCGUUUCUGGUUAAAGUUGCCUAUUUAAGUGGUCGUUCCCAUAGUUCCAAUCACCUACAUUCAAAACAAGCAUUAUCUUCAGUAGAAUUGACUGUCUCUGCUACGGAUAGUGUUUCUGAUGUACUCUCCAGGGCUCUGAAGUUAUUUAGUCGUGCUGAUCAAAAUGUUGAUCAUUAUGAUUUAAUUCAAGUGCAGAGAGAUGGCCGAGAUAUAGCACUUCAAAAGAAUAUUAACUUCUAUCAGUCCAUACAUUAUUCUGCAUCACAUUCAUCAAAUAAUAAAUAUCAUAAUCCAUUUGAAUUUAUUUGUACACCAGUUAUUCAUAAUAUCAAUAGGCAUCUCGGUGGUAACAACAGCACACCUAAUUCACCAUCAAAUAUGAACAAUAACAAUGUCAAUAAAAAAGGUCAUAAUCUAAAUCGUCAUACAAAGAAACCGUCAAGUUCUUUAACAACACCUGAAUGCGCUACAAACUAUCAUUUGACUAAUAAAAGUUCAAAUAAAAGAUGUGUUGUUGAACUUUGGUCAUAAAGAUGUAAAGAAUUUUUCUAUUCAUGAAAACAGAAGAUUAAGCGCCUUAUGCUCUACAUUACACAAUCAGAAUAAUAAUGAUAAUUGUAAUAUAAGUUAGUCAUAAAUUGAUGAAUUAUUUUUGCCAAUAAACAGAACUAUGGGUAAAAACAGUGAAACUUUUUGAUUUCUUAUUUUCAUUUUUUCAAUAUUUUGUUUGCCAUUCGUCUUUCAAAACUGUGCAUUUCAGCUUUUAUUCUUUGAUCUUUUCUUUGCUCAUUAUUUAUUCUCUGGUCUUUCUAAUUGUAAUUUAUGGUGAUUAUCAUCUUAUAAACGUAUAUCUGAAUGACUCUAUAGUAUUAAUAUGUUACGAUACGACAGUUGUGAUUUUAUUUAUUUUCUGUUUCAUGAUUCAACCAAUAGUGUGAUAGCUGGGUUUUUAUUGGUCGUUUUUCUAUUGGCGCCUUUUUGUACGCUUUAUCGAUACGCAUUAUGUGUACAUACGACGGGAAAAAUUAUUAACGAAGCAAUAUUUAAUGCAGAUUUUUAAAAUUUCAUCAUUCUAUUUGAAAAAUAAUGUUUGUUAUGAUGAAAAUUAAUUGUAUUCUUGUACAAUGUUUUUAAAAAAUGGAUAAUUUCCUCCAAAAAAUUUCUUUCCCUUCAGUCU